AUAGAAAUGUCCAGUAUGAUCAGGAGUUGAGAGAGAUUGCAAACAAUGGAGACUCAAGGUGUUCAGCUUCUGCUGCUUUUGCUGUGUGUUGUGUCCACCUGCUGGGGACAGCAAGUGUACCUGACUCUGGGAUCUGGUCCUAGCAUCACCACUAACAAUACUGAGAUCCUCAUCACUACUAUUGGAGAGGGUGCCCAGGGUGGUCUUCCAUCUCUCACUUGUCACAGUGACCUCACUACCUGCUGUAGAAGUGGUGCCAACAACUUUGGUAAUGGAAUACUGGGACAGUGGACGUAUCCUGAUGGGAGUGUGUUACUGGGAAAUGUUGCCGCAUUGAAUGCUGGACAGCAGUUCUACAUUGUGAGGGAUGCCACCCAGAUCAUCGUGCUAAACCGUAGAGUAUCUCCCAACAACCCCCUCACUCCAACCGGGUCCUACUGUUGUACUGUACCAACUACUGGAGGAGACAUGACCCUCUGUGCUAACCUAGUGGUGUCACUGACGUGUAUGUCCCUCCCUCCCCCCACCAAUGGAGGGGUCUCCUACUCUAACAUGACGCUGGGUGAGAACACUGUGGUCACCUACACCUGUGACAUUGGCUACACUCUCAAUGGAGGCAGCACCAGGACUUGUGGGAGUGAUGCAGUGUGGAGUGGGUUAGCUCCAAUUUGUCAAGGUAAGUAGAUCUGAAUUUGUGCAGUUUAUGUGUUGAAUGUGAUGUUCACUAUUUCAUGAACUUGUUCUGAUUUAUCACCGAUAUUUAAUGGAGGCAUUACCUACACUGAUGGACCUGCCGGCAGCAGACCUGUUGAUAGCGUUUCUACCUAUACUUGUGACAAAUGGCUACACUAUCACUGGAGAGGGUUUCAGAGUUUGUCAGAAUGAUGGGACCUGGAGUGGAACAGCUCCAACCUGUCAAGCCACCUGUCCUGACCUCACUGUACCAACCAAUGGAGUGAUCAUCUACAGCUCUAGUACCACACCACACCGCCCUCGGGGAACCGUGGCUACACAGAGCUGCUUGAAUGGAUACGUACCCUCCACUACCAGCACUGCUACCAGAGUGUGUGGAGCUGACAGAUUGUGGAGUGGAUCAGCUCUCACUUGUCAAUUAUCUCCUGUCUACGUCUCCAUGGGAACCACCACACAGGACUGUUCCUCAAGAUAUUCCCCUUAAUACUGACCAGGGUCAGAGUGCAGCUGUUAUCUACGAGACCGUCCCUGUCACUUAUGAGGAGAUCUCAGCCUCCGGAGAGGUCAAAGGUGACUACAACUAUACACAAAACGAUGCCUACUCGACUAUGAGUGGGCAGGAGGCUCCAGCUGCUGUAUACGACAACUAAACUGAAUUAUCGCAUAAUUGUAUUUCAGAUUGAUAGAGGAUGCAGUUAUACACACUUCAUCAGCCCCUCCCCCUCUCACAAUGUGUUUCAUUUCAAAAACGCUGUCAAGUUAAACAUGAGAAAAAAUACCACAAAUAAGUACAACCACUAAUAUUAAUGACGACAUUGUGUAGCUACUAUU